CACAAAAGAAACGAGAUUAUUGCUCUCCCUCCCCUCGCACCCGCCUACCCUCCGUAGCAGCGAGCGACAACUCAGGGAGACGAGACGAGAGGAAAGCGCCCCCGCCCCGCCCCCAUUCCUCGCUCGCACCCUUCCGCCUCGCGCCCACGCGUGGAAUCCCCUUUGACUCGCAGCUUCCCCCGCCGACGCCCGCCAGCCGCGCCGGCGCGGCUGCCGAUCCGCCGCCCGUCCCGCCUCCUCACUCAGGUCUCCUACCGAGGAGGAGGAGGAGCAGGAGGAGGGGACGCCCGGGUGCGCGCAGGGGGCUAGCUAGAUUCGGAAGGGCGCCAUGAAGAAAGUGUUCGACCAGACGGUCCGGGACCUGAAGCGGGGGGUGAAUAAAAAGGUCCUCAAGGUGCCUGGCACGGAACAAAAGAUACUUGAUGCCACAAGCAACGAGCCGUGGGGCCCACAUGGAUCCCUCCUGGCGGAGAUCGCCCAAGCAACGCAUAACUAUCAUGAGUAUCAGAUGAUAAUGAAUAUCGUGUGGAAGAGGGUCAGUGAUACCGGUAAAAAUUGGCGGCAUGUGUACAAGGGAUUGAUUGUCCUAGAUUACCUGGUAGCACAUGGAACCGAGCGAGUUAUUGAUGACAUAAGGGAGCAUUCUUAUCAGAUAUCGGCACUAGCUGACUUCCAGUAUAUCGAUUCUAGUGGGAGAGAUCAAGGUAGCAAUGUACGACGGAAAUCCCAGAGCCUCGUUAGUUUAGUUAAUGACAAGGAAAGGAUACUGGAAGUUAGGCAGAAAGCACUUGCUACCAGAGACAAGUAUCGGAGUGCAUUUGCCACGAGUGGGCCACACAGGAGUCCAGGUGGAUAUGACAAUGACCGUGAUCGCUACGAAGGAGGUAGAUAUGAUAACAGGAAUGGCUAUGGGAGGGAACGAGAUGGGUAUAGAGAUGAUGACAGAUACAGUGGCGCUGGAGAUACCCCCAAUAGGGAUGGAGAUCGUUAUUCUAGGGACUCUAAUGAACGCAACAGGGAAGAUGAAUACAGAGGAAGUAAUAGCAACCCUGAGUAUGCAGAAGGAUCAGGCCGCAGGAGCUACGGUGAUGAGGAGGCUUAUUCAUCCCGUGGUCGUGGCAGCAACGCUGAUGCGCCUACUCAGGAUGAGAGGCCUAUUGAGCGGAAGGCUUCUAACCAGCAGAUUGCUUCACCACCAAACUACGAAGAUGUCACAGGAGAUACCCAGGACAAUCAUCAUGAUGAAAGAAAUGGAGGGAGUGUGCCUGCUGUUGCACCAAAGGUGUCUUCUCCAUCUGUUCCUAGAACAAGCUUUCCCCCAGCCCCAGGGCAGGUGAAUGGUGUUCAUGAUAAGCCUGUCGAGGUUGUAGCUGCACAACCACCUGCUCCUGCUGCACAACCACCUACGCCUGCUGAACCGAAUGGUUUUGAUGAGUUUGAUCCACGUGGAUCAGUACCAGAUGCUUCACCUCCGGUGAAUACCUCACCGAUAAUGAAUAGCUUUGAGAUGGAUUUGUUUGGGUCAGAUCCUAUUGGUGCGCUGGCUUUGGUUUCUGUGCCUCAGCCGACUGACGUCCCAAGUGUUGAGCCAUCAUCAAGUUCAGGUUUUGAAACGGAUAGUUUUAUGGGCAUGCCACCUGCUUCUACUGGAUUCAGUGAGGCAAUUGAUGCUUCAAAUCCUUUUGGAGAUCCUACUCCUUUCAAGGCAGUUCAAGAAGAGAAUCAUGCAGCUUCUCAGACAAAUGCGACCCCUGCUGGUUCAUUCCAGGCCACAGGACCUGGUGCAGAUGUAAAUCCUUUCCAGCCUGCUUCAUCCACUAGCUUUGGUUUUGAAGAUACUCUCGGCGAUCUCAGUUUUGCAUCCAAUGCCGCACCUGGACAACAGGAUAUUUUUGGAAGCACCACCUCCUUACCUUCAGGGGUUUCACAUGCAAAUCCGUCCCAGCAGGCACCCCCGGCUUAUGUUCCCUCCCAGGCAUCUCAGCCUAUUACUCAUGCUGCUCCCAUGUUUGCUCAGCCACAAGCAUAUCCUGCAGCCACAAACCCAUCAUCAUUUCCUCAGGCUGCUGCGCCAUCAUUUGCUCCCCCACAGGCACCUCAACAUGCUGCACCAUCAUUUGCUCCUCCACAGGCACCUCAACAUGCAGUUCCCAAUCUACCAUCAGGCCCAUCAAACUUCUAUAUGCAACCGGCUUCAGGGACUGGCGUUAAUAGCCUGCCUGGGAUUCCUUCGCAGAAUGGAGCACCACCAUCCUAUGCUCCUCCACAGUCUUCUCAUCUUCCACCUCAACAUGCACCUCAGCAAAGCUUCCACCCACAAACUGCUGCACCAGCACCACAGGCACCAUCAAUUUCUCGAGGGGCAUCUCAGCCCUUUGGUGCCCCAAAUUCAGUGCCAUCUGGUGCCAGCACUCCUUUGCAGUCAAGUUUAUCAGCUCCCCCAGAAACACUAAUUUCAGCUUUGCAAGUUAGUCAGACCCAGCCAGUGAAGAAAUUUGAGCCCAAAUCUACAGUUUGGUCUGAUACAUUGACCCGGGGUCUUGUCGAUUUCAACAUUUCUGGCGCAAAAACCAAUCCACAUGCAGAUAUUGGAGUGGACUUUGAUUCAAUCAACCGCAAGGAUAAAAGACAAGACAAGAAGAUCUCUCAAGCACCUGUAGUAUCUACGAUCACCAUGGGCAAGGCAAUGGGAUCUGGCUCUGGCAUUGGUCGAGCUGGUGCGAGUGCCGUUGCACCCCCUUCCAACCCAAUGGGUGCCGGGCGGGGUGUCGGUAUUGGUGGUGCUGGUUAUGGUGGCGGAAUGGGAAUGAACCGGCCAAUGGGGAUGGGAAUGGGAAUGGGAAUGAACCAACAACCCAUGGGAGUGGGGAUGGGGAUGAACCAGCAACCGAUGGGGAUGAACCAACAACCCAUGGGAAUGGGCAUGGGGAUGAACCAACAACAGAUGGGAAUGGGAAUGGGGAUGAACCAACAGGGUAUGGGGAUGAACAUGGGCAUGGGCAUGAACCAGGGGAUGGGGAUGCGGCCUCCUCAGAUGGGGAUGGCUCCGGGCGGCAUGCCUGGCGCUGGCUACAACCAGAUGGGUGCUGGAUAUGGCGGGCAGCAGCCUUACGGCGGGUACAGGUGAGAUUACACAGGCACAGCGAGGGUUUGAGAAAACAGUUUAGCAGGCUUUCGGAUUUUGCUCACCUGGGUUUCCCUUAUGUAUGAUUGAUUUCUUUUGUUGGGGGGUAUAAUUUUUAUCACUAUUCUUUUUCCUAUCCAUCCAUGUUGGAUAUACUGUAUCUACUGAAAUGUAUCGACAUGGCACUGCCACAACUGCCGCGUUGUGUUUGGAUGCAAAGCCACAUGAUAUUCCAAGCUUGGUUGGUUGUAGUUGUAUAAUUCUCUAUAGGCUACUCUUGUCACCAAACAUAUGUUAUUUGUUUCAGCGUUCUUGCUGGAUAGGCAAUAAAAGGAUGUACUACCAUUUUGUUGAA